AUGAAAAUUGAAAACAAAGACACGAAUGUCCCUUCAAGUAAGCUGGAGGAACCUCGAGAGAAAUCUGAGAAUGAAAUGAUGUUUGUUUUUCUUGGGGUCGUAACGACAACCACAGUGCUCCUUAUUCUGGGAACACUCUAUGCCCGAAAAAAAGACCACAGGGAGGAGAAAAUGUGUGGUGUCACAGUCAUCCCACAGAGAUCAAUUCACCGCUCUCCACAGUAUUACCUGCUUAUGUUUUACACAGGAGCUGGUCGGCACAGUUCCACUACUGCAAAUGUGUUCUGCCGAAUUUACGGUAACCGCCGUAAGACAAAACCUAUCAUUUUACGGGAUCCGGACCGCCCAAUGUUUCAACCUUCAUCUACAAGUUCUUUCCUAGUGACACUAAACUGCUCUUUAGACCAAAUACGAGAAAUUCAUAUAUGGCAUGAUAUUUCGGGCCCCCGUCCUUCGUGGUUCUUAGAGGAUGUCAUAGUUUGUCAUUUGAACACAAAUGUUACAUGGUACUUUGCGGCAAACCGCUGGCUAGACGUAAGCACGGGCUCGAAGGAAGUUGAAUGCAAGUUAAAACCCAUACCUAGAAAGAUUCUUCUUAAAUUUUUAACCAUGUUUGAAGGUAAAAUGGACUACAGUUUAAAGAAAAAGCAUCUUUGGCUCUCUCUACUUUACAAAAGCAAUAGCAAAACGUUUGGUAAAUUUCAGAAAAUGUCGUGCUGCCUAGCAGUGACUGGAAUGAUGAAACUCGUCUCAAUAGCAAUGGUUUUUACAACACAGAAAUUAUUUAGCGAUUCACAAAUCAGACUAGGGCCAUGGAAAGUGAACCUAGGCGAUGUUUACAGAGCUCUCGUCUGUUGUGGAAUUGCUUUUAUUUAUCGUCUGUUGAUACAGAGUCUGUUCUUAUGUUCACAUCAAAACGCUACAAUGGGAGUUGGAGAGAAGAAUGUGCAAGGAUAUAUUCGAGAUAGAUUACAAGAGAUAAACUCGACCAUAUUUUUAGAUGAGAUUAUGAAAGCUGACGAAGGUGAAUGCCCUGAUUCUUAUACUGAUACGGAUAAUGAAAACGCAUCCAGUUCAGAUAACAGUACAAGUGGAAUCCACCUGGAAUUUAGUAACUAUCAAGAACUGCAGAGCGAGACUAACGACGAAGAAAAUCUUCAAUUCAAUAACGAAAACUGCCAUUUAGCGUUGGAUGUCUAUGAAAGUCAAUCAAUAGAAGGAUCCCAUGAAAAUGCAUCUUCGAACAAAGCCCAUGAUCUCGAGGAUUUGGUUGAUAUUCUUGGGCAUUUAUCAGCUGAAGAAGAGCUAUUUAAGGUCUUGGAUGAAAACUCGCAUGUUUUUCAAGGUAGAUUAAAGGACAGGUUUUUAAGAGAGCAUUGUGGCUCGGAACGUUUAGAGGAGAGUCGUUGGAACUCAGAAAUAGAAGAAAUUAAGACAUCUGAUAAACUCGCUGAAGAAGAAAAGGAAGAGAGUAGGCCGGAGUCAGUCGCCUGGACUGCAUGUUUAACAAAUCCCGAUCAAAUUCCAAACAUAUGGAUAAGCCUUCCAUUUCCAAAACAUCUCGUCGACGGCGAAAGCAUUAAGAAACCAAACGUGAGGGCUUCGCCCAGAUUGAACGAGAUUUUCAGUAGGGCCAAUCAAGUUCAUUGCUUUGUUGUUCCAUUCAUAUCAUUCGUCGUUGCUAUAGCAAUUGGAAUUAAAUGGUCAGCCCCACUAACAAGGUCGUGGCUUGUGACGUUUGGAAUUGCGAUCGUUGGCCAAAUUUUUGUCCUGGAGUCAUUUUAUGUCGUCGUGCAAGCUAUCUUUUUUUCAGUUUGGUAUAAACGGCCAGUGAAAGAAGAGGAUUUGAUAAAUGAACUUGAAAAUAAAGUCUGGGUUAAUGAGGAACAGGAGACAACGUAUUAUGCUGAUGAAGUCGAUGAGGAUGAGAAUGAACCAGUUCCCAUGCCCCCAACUCAAGAAGAGAUACAAAAAGCGCAGGAGGAGGCUGGGAAGGACAGGGAAUUGGAAGACGUGCUAAAGAUGCUUUGUUUUAACGUUUUGUUUCUAGGGCUGUUAAUUUUUAUUUCCCUUGGAAAUAGGGAUUCUUCUUCCUAUCCUAUAAGAGCUGGCCUGGAGCACUCCCUCAACAUCACCAACAGCUUCACACGUGGGGUAAACAACGGUAAAAGAUUUUGGAAAUGGCUUGCAAAUGAUACAAUCCCCGUGCUGCUUCAUGAGCCUCUUGAGGGAAUGCUUAGGAAAGGCAGAAGACAUUUCCUUGCCGAUGGGUACAGCUUCCUGCUGGGGACUGCAAUUCUUCGACAACAAAGAAUUAAACCAGGAGCAAGUUGCCACCUAGCGGGCUCUAUUGAAAAUUAUUUUUCCAAGUGUACUCCAGUUUCCUUGACUGAACAUAAUGAAGACACUGGUGACUAUAGCCAAGAGUGGGAAAAAAGAGCAAUGUCUCCACCAAACCAAACUUUUACUUCUCCAUGGAAAUACCUUAGCGGGAGAGAAUCUAAGACAUCAUACACGACGUGGGGACGCAGUGGACGUGCGUUCGGUGGUGGUGGGUAUAUCGCUUACCUGGGGACGGAUAUGAAAAUGGCAAUCGAUCUUCUUAACUCUCUAGAGGCAAAUCAGUGGGUGGAUGACCUAACAAGGGUGGUUUUCUUAGAGUUUUCAGUCUACAACGUAAACGUUAACAUAUUAUCAGCGGUGAUAUUUUCAAUAGAAUUUUCCUCGUUCGGUGGAACGUUUCCACGUUUUGAUAUGUAUUCAUUUCGCUUGUACCGCUACUUUACGCCGCUCCAGUUCAUUUAUCUUGUCAGUGAGAUAAUAUUUGUUGUCUUCGUGGUACAGCUUAUUUACCGAGUGGGGAGUCUUAUUUACCGAGAUCGCUGGAGUUAUUUCAGAUCCGUGUGGAACCUCACUGAUAUUUUCCUUAUCCUAUUCUCGCUGGUGACUAUCGCUUUAUACGCAUGCCGCGCAAGCCACCUCAACAGCGCUAUUGAAGCGCUACGCGAAAACCCUGACACGUUUUACGGCUUCCUGACGGUGGCUUUUUAUGACGAUUACAUUGCGUACUUCUCGUGUUUGAUUGUCCUUAUUCCUACGAUACAGUUCUUAAAGUUUCUCAAGUUUAACAAGAACUUCAUGAUAUUUUAUAAUACGCUGUCUAGGAUUCGAGGAGAUAUUUCCGGAUUCGCCUUUGUUUUCUUCGUAAGCAUUAUGUGCUUCACGUACUGGGCGUACAGCAUGCUCAAGACUGUUGCUGAGGUUUUCAGUACCUUUAUUGCAACAUUUCACAGUAUGAUCGCCAUGUUGUUAGGGAAGUUUAGCUUCCGGUUAUUAUCACCUGGUCAGGCUGUUACCAGUAAGGUGGGACCAAUAUUCACCUACAUGUUCACAUGUGCAAACAUUUUUUUAAUCCUAAAUAUUAUCCUAACAAUAAUCACAAUCGGAUUCAAGGAGGCUCGAGAAGAUGAACGCUUUCAACAAAGUGAAUAUGAAAUAAUAAACUUCAUCACUAACUACUUGAAAGGUAUUCUAGGGCUUCUUCCACCUUACAUACCUCCGCCGCCGCAGAUUGAACCCACGCCCAGUGAGAAACAUUUUACUUAUUUUCAGUGGAAAUUAUGCACAAGUUACUUUAUCCGAAGUCAAUUUCCACGUUUGCUGAAAUUUGCUAACAAAACUUAUUCCGAAGAUUUUGUGGAUGAAUUGGAACUGUUGGCGAAUCUAAUGAGCAUGCCGCAGUCAAGAGAACUUCUUUAUGAAAUAGCUUACAGGCUACAAGAUUCCGACCUAGAUUAAAAAUAUGGGUUUAGAAGUGUAAUGAAACAAAGAAUGAAAAACCUUAGUUGUCUAGUUUGUAUUUUUAAGGCUCCGGUCAACAAAUCCACUUUGUUCAAAGGGCUAA